AUGGCUCCGGAGCCGCCUCCCCGCUCCGCAACACCGCCCCCGGGGCGCGGCCUCCGCGGGACCGCCCCGGUACCGCACCGAGACCGGCACCGGGACCGGGACCGGCACCGCCUCCGCCCGCGGGACCGCCCCGGUACCGCACCGGCACCGAGACAGAGACCGGGACCGGCACCGCCUCCGCCCGCGGGACCGCCCCGGUACCGCACCGAGACCGGCACCGGGACCGGCACCGGCACCGCCUCCGCCCGCGGGACCGCCCCGGUACCGCACCGAGACCGGCACCGGGACCGGCACCGGCACCGCCUCCGCCCGCCGCCCGCGGGACCGCCCCGGUACCGCACCGAGACAGAGACCGGGACCGGCACCGCCUCCGCCCGCGGGACCGCCCCGGUACCGCACCGAGAUCGGCACCGGGACCGGGACCGGCACCGCCUCCGCCCGCGGGACCUCCCCGGUACCGCACCGGCACCGAGACAGAGACCGGGACCGGCACCGCCUCCGGCCCGCGGGAUCGCCCCGGUACCGCACCGGCACCGAGACUGGGACGGGCACCGCCUCCGCCCGCCGCCCGCGGGACCACAGCGAGACCGGGACCGGCAUCGCCUCCGGCCCACGGGACCGCCCCGGUACCGCAGCGAGACAGAGACUGGCACCGGGACCGUCACCGCCUCUGGCCCGCGGGAUCGCCCCGGUACCGCACCAGUACCGGCACCAGCACCGACACAAACACCCGGACCAGGACCGGACUCCCCUGGCACAGGGACGGGCGCCGAUACUGGCAUCGGGACCGGAACCGCCCCGAAAUCGACACUGACGCCAGGAUCACCCCGGCACUGA